UCAAACAGUUCCUGUUUUGGGAUGUGUAGUGUGCGUGAGGCUUUUCACACCACGAGAUAUCGCCCGUUUUGUUUUGUGCAAUGACUGCGGACUUUAUAAGUAGUUGAAAGUUUUUUUCUUAGCUAACGAAGCUAAGUUUGCAGCGGUGGAGACAUGGACUACUUAUUUUCUGUGACGGGCAGCGGCGCCAGAGCUGUCAGAGACGCAAUAUCUCAGAGAUUGUGGCCCGGACCCGGACCUGAACAAGACACAGUCCAAACCCAACAGCACCAUGCUGGGACAGCUCACGACAACAACACCGCCCACUCAAACGCAGAUACCGGCCAGAAGAAGACACCAGAGAAGAAGGAUGGGAGGCGCAUGUCGUUCCAGAGACCCAAAGGGACCAUCGAGUAUUCUGUGGAAUCGCGGGACACGUUGAACAGCAUUGCGCUCAAGUUUGACACCACACCCAACGAGCUGGUUCAGCUGAACAAGCUGUUCUCCAGAGCAGUGGUGCCUGGCCAGGUUCUAUACGUUCCUGAUCCUGAGUACGUCUCCAGUGUUGGAAGCUCCCCUUCCCUCAGUCCCAUCAGCCCCCUGUCUCCCACCUCCUCAGAAGCUGAUUUAGAGAAGGUGACGGAUUCUGAUGGCCCCCCCAGACCAGAAGGCGUUCACCCCCCAGUGUUCUCUGCACUGCGCCAGUCCAGAGUGGUGUCAUCCACCUCCGAGGAGGAAGAGGCCCUCACAGAGAAGUUCCUCAAGAUCAACUGCAAGUACAUCACUGAUGGAAAGGGUGCGGUGAGCGGGGUGUUGCUGGUGACGCCUAACAACAUCAUGUUCGACCCUCACCGGAUGGACCCAUUGGUUCAGGCCCAUGGGUGCGAGGAGUACGGCAUCAUGUGUCCUCUGGAGGAGGUGCAGUCUGCCGCCAUCUACAAGGAGAUUACCGACCCCAAGACCAGAGAGGCUGUGCCAGAUGACCUGGAGCCUCUGCCAGUUGAGAGACAUCCCUCCCAGAAGGAUCCAGAGCAGCGUCUAAGAGAGCCGGGGGCAAACGACAGCGGCAGCACGGCCCCCCGCAGCACCGAGGGCUCCAUCUCAGAAGACGUCUUCACCGAGUCGGAGCUAUCCCCCAUUCGGGAGGAAGAGCAAGCGUCUAGCGAGGAUCUCCGUCUGGACAAGUCCUCUGGCGCUUCUACAGAGUCUGUGCAGACCGUGACCCAGGUGGAGGCCACCGGCUCCCAGGCCUCGGGCAGCGCCCACGGCUCAGCUAGCCAGCCGGACGAGCCUGCUGCGGCGAAAGCCUCUGCCACAGCAGAGGACAAUGCACCAGAAACUGCCACAGAAAAAGAUAGCCAGUCCCCCAUGGGAUCCAAGCAGCACAGUGUAGAGAAGCCACCAAGCACACCCACUACUACCACCAGCAGCACCACUAGCCAGGCCCAGGGUCCCAGCAGCAGCACCUCUCGCCCGGGGUCCCAAAGCUCAGCCACCGCCGGUGCCACAGACACCCCCUCCGUCUCAGCCAGUCCUCAGGGGGAUGCCAAGGAGGGGACAGAGGUCUCCAAAACGGACACUAUGCAACAAGGGAAGGAGGAGAAUGUAGAAGAGACGCAAAAGGACGGCAAACAGAACUCUGCAGAGGGUACAGCGUCUGGAGAGAAGUUGAAGCAGCGCACUCACAAGUUUUUGUGUCUGCGGGUUGGGAAACCCAUGAAGAAGACGUUUGUUUCCAACGCCAGCGCAUCCAUGCAGCAGUAUGCUCAGCUGGGCAAGAAGCACGAGUACUGGUUUGCUGUGCCGCAGGAGAGGUCGGACCACCUCUAUGUGUUUUUCAUGCAGUGGAGCCCAGAUAUGUAUGGUGAGGGGGUCAGGGGGAUGGGACAAGAGCCAGGGUUUAUGGUUGUCAAGAAGAACGAAGUGUCAGAAACCACAGAGGACGAGCCAAUCACUGACCUCAAUGUCAAGGAGUGGGAGGUAGUGUCUCUGACGGAGUACCACCGUCGGAUUGAUGCUCUAAACAGUGAGGAUCUGCGCUCACUCUGCAAACGACUCCAGAUUACCACCAAGGAAGAGGUGAACUCCAAGCAUGGCUCGACGUCCAUCAAGACUGAGCUGGAGCCCGAAACGUUCAAACCCAACCUCAGAGAACCCAGUGACCUCCUGGAGGCCGACCAGAUAGAGAAGCUCGCCAGGAAUCUCCCACCACGGACCAUUGGGUACCCGUGGACGUUGGCCUUUGGUACAACGAAGCACGGUAUGAGCAUUAAGACACUGUACAGAGCCAUGCAGGGCCAGGACACUCCAGUGCUCAUGGUCAUUAAGGACAGCGACGGCCAGGUGUUUGGUGCGUUGGCAUCUGAGCCUUUUAAAGUCAGCGAUGGCUUUUAUGGCACCGGAGAGACCUUCCUCUUCACCUUCAAUCCAGAGUUUGAGGUGUACAAAUGGACAGGUGACAACAUGUUCUUCAUGAAAGGAGAUAUGGACUCCUUAGCUUUUGGUGGAGGCAGUGGUGAGUUCGGUCUGUGGCUGGAUGGAGACCUUUACCACGGCAGGAGUCACUCCUGUAAAACUUUUGGGAACCCCAUGCUGUCGAAAAAGGAGGAUUUCUAUGUGCAGGACAUAGAGAUCUGGGCUUUUGAAUAACAAGACAGUGCACCACAGGGAAA